AAUAUCUAUUGGCUGUGGAGGUGCCUCUUAAAAUUGUAAUGCUUUUGAGCAUUUGGAGCUUAUGUGCUUUUAGCUAAUUUUGGUUAGAUUUCGCUAUUAAAUAUGGGAAGCUCUCGUUCAUCGCGAAGCCCAUUAAAACGGCACCAUCAUAAAAGCAAGCAUAAAAAGAGAGGAAAAGACCGGGAUAGACGUAAGAAUGGUGUGCAUGGAAGUGAUCGGUCUGAAGAAAAAUAUCGGAAUACUAUUUCUAUAAAUAAAAAAAAUAAAUGCAAGGACUCUAUAAAUCAUGAAUUUGAAAAAGAUGUUCGGGAAACUAGUCAUUCAAAAUAUAGAAAACAGACGUAUAUUGCCAAUAGCUCUAGUGACAGUCAAGAUUCGGAAGAAUAUUGCACUUAUAGGGUUGACAAAAAACGUAAGCGACAAAAAGAAAUUGAAACAAGUCUUGACGAACAAAUCAACAGAACUAAGCGACAAGAAGAUGAAGAGAGGCAGAUAAUUAAAGAUGAGACCAGUAAGCGCAUUGAGCUAUUGGUUAAAAAACGUGUAGAAGAAGAACUAAUAAGGCGUAAGGAUGAAAUUGAAAAAGAAGUAAUGCGUAGAGUAGAAGCCGCCAAAUCUGAAAUGGAGAGGGAGCUGAUGUUCGAAUUGGAAAAACAACGGGAGCAAAUUCGUGAAGAAGCUCGUCAUCGAGAGGAGUUCGAGAAAAAGAAAAGAGAGGAACUGGAAGAUAUAUUUGCUGAAAACAACCGAAGAAUAGAAGAAGCCCAACGGAAAUUGGCUGAAGAACGAUUAGCGAUGAUAGAAGAGCAACGUCUCAUGGAAGAGAAACGUCAGCGAAUGCGUAAAGAAGAAGAAAAGCGUGUAAAAGAAGAACAAAAAAUGAUAUUAGGGAAAAAUAAUUCACGGCCGAAGCUCUCAUUUUCUCUUAAACCUGGAGUCUCGUGAUUUAUUUAAAUUUAAUAUGUCUUACCUUAAGUCUUAAUCUAAAUAUUUCAUUUUUAUAGUAUAAAUACAUCGAUUAAAAUAUUCCACAAUAUUUUUAAUACUAUUUGUGCAAAUGGCUUAUGAUAAGUGAUUCCACGUUAUCAUAUACGACUCAAAUCUAUUCACCCACCACACGUCGCUUCCAACACACUAUAUCACUCUUUAAUCACAACACGUCAUAUAACUCACGCAGACUCACUACACAGCCGUCCGUUAAGUUAAGCAUUUAUAAGACUUCGUUCGUCGCCGUGCUACCCCGGAGGGCAGAAAAAUUAACAGCAUAACUAUUAUGAGGUUUCAUAACUUUGUAAGGCGCAAAUUCAAAAACUCAAUGCUCACAAUUUUUGCUUUGCUUUAUAUUGUAUCAUUUGUGAUCAUCGACUUCUGUUCAUCGCUGUCAAUGCGAGAUAUACCGUAUUUUGCCAUCACUUUGGAAUUUUGGACCACAUCCCCAACAUUUAUGCCCAGAAAACACAAAGUGAUUCGGAGUUGUUAGAUGAUCAAGGAUAUCUAUUGUAGCCAUGGAUGUUAACGCCUGUUGCAGAAUCUUCAAAUGCAAGGGAUGUGAGUUACAUACAUUAUAAUCUAUUAUAAACAUAAGCAAGAAAGAUUAAAACGAAGUUGAGUUGUACUUUGAACAAUUAGCUUUAUUACACUUCGAAUGACAAACCAAUAGUGUUACUAAUUUUUCAUGUCGUCACCCACGCUUCGAGCUCCUAUCUCUUAGUAUAAGAAACGAAAUGUGAGAACGCCUGGAUGAUUACUGUUAAGUAUGUAAGUAUGUACGUGAGAUUGAUAUGUUACUAGCAUUUUUUUAUUAAAAUAAAUGUCACGGUAUUUGGUCAUUUUACUUCCUUUUAAGUGUGAAUAAAAAAAAAUAUACUUAUGUAUGUUUAAAUAAUUCGGUCAA